UAGCUGGUGCGGACAGUGGACUUUACUGCCACUUUGGUCAUUGUCCAUCGAUCCACUCUUUCUUAUCUAUUUUUCUGUUGGGACAUCUCCAUUUGCGCAUAAUAUCUUCCCUCUCAGAACACCUGCAUAAAGUUCAUCUCUUCAUUUCCACGUAGUAUCAAUGGCUGGUGCUAUAAGCUCCAUGCAGCUGCUCGACACUUCAAGCUCUUACCGAUGUACUUAUCAUGCGUUCUUGAGUUUCAGAGGCGAAGAUACGCGUAAGAGCUUUACUGAUCACCUCUACCGGGCUUUGGAGUUGGCAGGAAUCCACACCUUUAGAGACGAUGAUGAAAUCGAGAGAGGAGAAGAUAUAGCAGCAGAGUUACAUAAAGCUAUAAAUGAGUCAAAAGUAUCGAUAAUUGUCUUCUCCAAGAACUAUGCUUCAUCGCGGUGGUGCUUGGACGAACUUGUUAAGAUCAUGGAACGUAGAAGAAGUGAUGAUGAGCAUUUUGUUUUGCCGGUUUUCUAUGAUGUGGAUCCAUCCCAUGUGCGGAAGCAGACUGGGAGUUUUGAAGAAUCGUUUCAUAGACAUAAAGAGCGCUUCAAGGAGGAGAUGGAAAAGGUGGACGGGUGGAGAAGAGCACUUAGAGAGGUUGCAGAUCUGGCAGGGAUGGUUUUGGGAAAUAGGUACGAGUCGCAGUUUAUCCAAGAUAUUGUUAAAGAGGUUGGAAAUAAAUUGGAUCCCAAAGCAUUGAACGUUGCACCGUAUCCUGUUGGCAUAGAAGAUCGUGUGCGAGGCAUAAACAUGUGGUUACAAGACGGAUCAAAUGAUGUUGGUGUAGCUGUGAUAUGUGGAAUGGGUGGAAUUGGCAAGUCCACCAUUGCCAGAGCUGCCUAUAACCUCAACUGUGCAAGGUUCCGAGGUAGCAGCUUUCUUGCAGAUAUUAGAACAAAUUCGGAACAGCCAUAUGGUCUUGUUCGCUUGCAAAGGAAACUUCUUUCGGACGUCCAAAAAGGGAAAGCAAAUAAAAUAUACGACAUAAAUGAAGGGAUAAUGAAGAUCAAACAUGCUGUCUGUAACAAGAGAGUUCUUAUUGUUCUUGACGAUGUGAAUGACUUGGAUCAAUUUAACGCAAUUCUUGGAAUGCGGGAAUGGUUUUGUCCAGGAAGUAAAAUCAUCAUAACAACCAGGCACGAGCAUUUGUUGAAGGCACAUGAAGAUUAUACAAUGUUCGAGGUUGAAGAAUUGAAUGCGAAUGAAUCGCUUGAGCUUUUCAGUUGGCAUGCAUUCGGACAAGCCCAACCUGUUGAAGGUUACAUGGAACUUUCGAGACCAGCAGCGCAACACUGUGAAGGGCUACCAUUAGCUCUUCAAGUUUUGGGAUCCUCUCUAUCUGGGAAACUAGUAGAUGUAUGGAAAAGUGCUUUACAGAAGUUAUGCGAAAUUCCCGAUGACAAAGUUCACAAAGUUCUUCGAGUAAGCUUUGAUUCUCUUCAAGAUGAUCAUGACAAAAAUAUAUUCCUCUAUAUAGCCUGUUUCUUCAUUGGAAAGGAGAAGGAUUUUGCAAUUACAGUACUGGACAACCUUGAUUUUCGCACGAGGAUCGGAAUUCAAAAUCUGGUGGACAGAUGUCUAGUAAAAAUCGAUAAUGAAGACAACAGGUUGGCUAUGCAUCACUUACUUAGAGACAUGGGAAGGGGAAUUAUUCGGGAAGAAUCACCUCAAGAUCCCGGAAAGCGUAGUAUAGUGUGGCAUAAAGAUUCCUUUAAUAUUUUGAGAAAAAGAACGGGUACGGCAACUGUUAAAGGCCUCAUGCUCAACCUGCCUGUGUUGAUGGAAGAUGAGUCUUUGAAGCCAUUAUUUGGUAAAAGUAACAAAAAACGAUGCAAUGUUGAAGAUUAUGAAGGAAAUUUUUCAAGACGUCGUCGGCUUGAUUUCUUUUCUUGGAAAUCAAUUGCAAGUAACUUUUCUUCAACAUACUCAACUCCUGCAUCAAAUGAUUUGCAGUUCAGAACUGACGCAUUUACAAUGAUGAACAAUCUUGAACUGCUCGUGCUUAAUAAUGUAAGCAUCUGUGGAGGCUUCGAAGAUUUUCCAAAAUAUUUGACAUGGCUGUCUUGGAGAGGGUUUCCUUUAAAAUCGAUACCAGCCGUUUUUUGUAUGGAAAAUCUAGUUGUUCUUGACUUGCGGAAUAGCAGCCUGCAACAUAUUUGGAAGGGAACCAGGUUUGUUGGUAGAAUGAAAGUUCUUAAUCUCAGUCAUUCACACAGCCUUUUGACAACCCCUGACAUGUCGGGACUUCCUAACCUUGAGAGAUUAAUUCUUAAAGAUUGUAUAAGUUUGGUUGAGGUUGAUGAGUCUAUUGGAGACUUGGAGAAACUUGUUGUUUUGAAUCUAAGAGACUGCAAAAAUCUCAGUAGGAUUCCAACAAGUUUUAAUAGGUCGGGAUCUCUUCAAGUUCUCAUUCUUUCUGGUUGCUCCAAGCUGGGUAAUGCAACAGAGCAGGUCUACUCAGGAGCUAGUGUUAUGAAGAAAUUCAAUCUGUUAUCAGCUAACUUAUGGCAGUCAUUAACGUCGUGGGUAUUACCAAGAAAAAAUCUUGCAUUGACCAGUUUCUCAUUCAAAAGUUUACCACAUUCUUUAGGAAGAUUAAGUCUUGCCAACUGCAAUCUAUCAGAGAUUUCUAGUGAUCUUGGUGCCCUAUCGGUGUUGAAGCAUUUGGAUCUAUCUGCAAACCCAAUUCCAAACCUACCAGAAAACAUGAACGGUCUUCACAUGCUCCAAGAACUGGUAGUAGAGGGUUGCACAAAGCUCCAAGCACUUCCGGAACUUCCACCAAAAUUAAAGACAUUGGAAGCAGGUCGGUGUACAUCAUUGAAAAGAGUAACAAAUUUACCAAACGCCUUUGAAUCAUUGAGUAAAAAUUUUGAUGAAUGUGAGAAGUUAGUUGAAAUUCAAAGCUUGUUCGAAAUCAAACCGUUGAGAAACGUUGACAUAGAAAUGAUCAAAGAUGUGGGCCUGUUUAACUUGGAAUCCACUGAAAGCACCCAAGUGGAAAUGAUCAACUACCUGACAUGUACAACCAAGAAGUGUUGCCUUCAGGUACUGAAAGAAUGCGGCAUAUUUAGCAUUUUCAUUCAUGGGAGCAAGAUUCCAGAUUGGUUCAGCUACAGGAGCAUGGCUAACUCGUCGUUGUCGAUUUUCGUACCUUUACAUGUUAAUAUCAAGGUCCGAGGCUUAAAUGCAUGCGUUAUAUACACACGACUCCCUGAUCGAAGCGGUGGUGUACAUGUUGCCAGUGAACACUUUCUCAAAGUGAGUAAUGAGACCAAGGGUCGUAUGUGGACCUAUUCCCCUGUCGCAAUGGGUCUUCCAAAAGAGAACGAAGACAUGUUAUGGCUAAGUCAUUGGGUGUUUGGAAAUGAUGAACUGGAGAGUGGGGACGAAAUACGGGUUUCUGUGAAGUGCGGUUUGUGUGUAAAAGAGUUUGGAAUCGAACUUGUGUACGAGGACGAAAGCAAGGGUGAGGGUGUUCGAUCAAAUAAUGAAGAUACAACACAAAGUAAUGUUGUUGCUGGAGAUGUCACAGUGUCGGAUUCAAUGUACGAAAUGUGGAGAGGCAAGUACUUUCUUUGUAAUCAUAGGCUUCGAACCCAUCAAGCUCAAUUCAGAAGGAGACAAGAGAACCCAGCUUUUGCUGAUUUUUCAUACAAGCCAGGGGACUCCUUUUAUUUGAAUGGUUUCUUAUUCAAGCACGAGGUUGACAUUGCUAAGUACCAACUGCAGUAUUUUAGAAGAGCAUUGACUAAUUAAGCUAUCCAAUUUAGGUGUUGCUUAUGUAAUUUAUGUUACGUAGGCAUUGAUAUGUAAUUAGGUUUCAUUCUCUAUAAUCUGUCUUCUGAUUGCCGCGCCUUGAAUCUACUACGAUUGAGAUGAAAUAAAAUGUAGAGAGAAAUUUAUGUUAAACAAGUUAAUGACAUCGGUCUCUUUUGGACUA